GUCUGUCUCUGCUCACCACCGGUACUGCUGCUACUGAAGGCUGAAAGGGAAGACUGCCUCUCCACAGCACAGGGGAUUCAAACUACUGUCGAUUUCAGUGGCUAUUGGUGAGCUAGAGGCACAAUGGACCCUGCAGAAUUCAGAAGACGGGGAAAGGAGAUGGUGGACUACAUUGCAGAUUACCUGGAGAAUAUUGAAGGAAGGCAGGUUUAUCCAGAUGUGGUACCAGGUUACCUGAGGAAUCUGAUUCCAGACGCAGCCCCAGAGCACCCAGAGGCAUAUGAAGAGAUCGUUAAGGACAUUGAGAGAGUCAUUAUGCCUGGGGUGACCCACUGGCAUAGCCCAUAUUUCUAUGCCUACUUCCCAACUGGCAGUUCAUUCCCAGCAAUGCUCGCUGAUAUGCUGUCUGGAGCCAUUGGAUGUGUUGGAUUUUCCUGGGCUGCAAGUCCUGCUUGUACAGAAUUGGAGACUGUAAUGCUUGACUGGCUGGGAAAGAUGUUGAAUUUACCAAAAGAAUUCUUGGCUGGUACUGAAGGACAAGGUGGUGGUGUGAUACAGAGCACAGCAAGUGAGGCUACCUUGGUUGCACUGCUGGCUGCUAGGACAAAGAUCCUGAAGAGAUUACAAGCUGAAAACCCUGGGCUUCCAGAACCAGAAAUCUUCUCUAAACUGGUAGCCUAUUCCUCUGACCAGGCUCACUGCUCUGUGGAAAGAGCAGGACUGAUAGGCGGGGUGAAAAUGAAAAAGAUUCCCUCAGACACCAAAUUCUCUGUUGGAGGGGAAGCUCUGAGGAAAUUGAUUGAAGAAGACAAGGCAGCUGGUCUCAUUCCAUUCUAUUGCUGCGCAACACUUGGAACAACAGCAUCCUGUGCAUUUGAUAACAUAAUGGAAAUAGGCCUUAUCUGUAAUUCCGAAAAUAUGUGGAUGCACAUUGAUGCUGCCUAUGCGGGAAGUGCUUUUAUCUGCCCAGAAUUUAGACAUCUUCUUAAUGGAGUAGAGUUUGCAGAUUCAUUCAACUUUAAUCCUCACAAGUGGCUAUUGAUUAACUUUGACUGUUCAGCAAUGUGGGUGAAGAAACGGUCAGAGAUAAUUGGAGCUUUUAAAAUGGAUCCUCUCUAUCUACAGCACGAUCACCAAGAAUCAGGGCUUGUCACAGACUAUAGGCAUUGGCAGAUACCACUGGGCCGGAGGUUUCGCUCUUUGAAGAUGUGGUUUGUUUUUCGGACAUACGGGCUGAAGGGGCUACAGGAAUACAUUCGAAAGCAUGUGAGCCUUGCCCAUGAGUUUGAAAGCUUGGUUCGUCAAGACAAGCGCUUUGAGAUCUGUGGUGAUGUGGUUCUGGGACUCGUGUGCUUCAGACUGAAGGGCUCCAAUGCAUUGAAUGAAAAACUCCUUAAAACAAUAAACAAUGGCAGAAAGAUCCACAUGGUCCCAUGUUACCUGGCAGACAGUUUCGUGCUGCGGUUUGCUGUGUGUGGCCGCACAACAGAGUCUAAGCAUAUUCAACUCGCCUGGGAGAACAUCACUGAGAUCGCCACAGAAAUUCUGCAAGAGCUGCAACAGUGAACACUCCUGAGAUGCCAUCACGUCAUGGAUUUUUCUGAUAAUAUCUACGUGCGAUUUUCUUCAAAUCCUUAAUAUAUCUUGAAAAAUGUAUUUUGUAUUUUACUGUUUUGUGGAAGUUAUUUAAAGUGCAUAUUUGCAACGUGUGUGAGUCUUUGUAUGUAUGUGUAUGGAGAAUGUUGGAGGGACAGACAAUUGUAAAUUGUUACAGGAUAUGGAAGGGGUUUGUAAAGAUCACAUGAUUAAUCUGAAACUGAUUUGUGUCUAUGUAUUUGGUCAAUAAAAAACUCUAUUGUUCUCCCCAAAAUCUGUGCUGGAGAA